AUGGCGCUGGUGCGGGAGCCUGCGAUGGUGUAUGGAGGAGGGUUCGACGCCGCCGCCGUGGAGGCGUGCGGCGGCUUCGAGCACCAACUCCAGCUCGGGUACGGCCACGACGCGCUGCUCGACAUCGACGCGGCGGCGCUGUUCGGGGGAUACGGCGGCUGCGGACUCGUGCAGGACGGCGGCGCGGCGGGAUGGGCGGCGGGCGCGUCGUCGUCGGUGCUCGCGUUCGACCGCGCCGGGCGGGGCGGCGCUCAGGCGGCGGCGGCGGAGGAAGAGGGAGAGUGCGACGCGUGGAUCGAAGCCAUGGACCAGAGCUACGGCGGCGCCGGCGAGGCGGCGCAGUACCGCGGCGCGGCGACGAUGAAGACGACGGCGACUGUGGCCUUCGACGCGGCCUCCGGCUGCUUCAGCCUGACGGAGCGGCCCGGCGGUGCGGGGCGGCAGUUCGGGCUGCUGUUCCCGAGCACGUCGGGUGGCGCCUCUCCCGACCGCGCCCCGCCGGCGCGUGGCUCGCAGAAGCGGGCACAGAACGCGGCGGAGUCGCAGGCCGUGAGCCCUAGCAAGAAGCAGUGCGGCGCGAGCAGGAAGACAAGCAAGGCCAAGUCGGCGCCGACCACCCCAACCAAGGACCCCCAGAGCCUCGCGGCGAAGAAUCGGCGCGAGAGGAUCAGCGAGCGGCUGCGGAUCCUGCAGGAGCUCGUGCCCAACGGCACCAAGGUCGACCUCGUCACCAUGCUCGAGAAGGCCAUCAGCUACGUCAAGUUCCUCCAGCUUCAAGUCAAGGUUCUUGCAAAGGACGAGUUCUGGCCGGCGCAGGGAGGGAAGGCGCCGGAGAUCUCCCAGGUGAAGGAGGCGCUCGACGCCAUCUUGUCGUCGUCGUCGUCGCCGCCGCCGCCGCUAGCUGGGAGACAACCCAGGAACUGA